GCCGGCGCGAUGAAGGCGGUGCUCCGGAUGCCACGUUGAAGCGGAACGUGGAGGAGCCGCGGCUGCUGCGAAACGCCGAGGAGGACUUGGAGGAGGAAGAAGGCAGCGGCGGCGGCGGCGGAGCCUGAAGGGGGGCCCCAGCGGCGCUCCUCUCCGAGCAGCAGGAUGAAACUGAAAGAGGUAGACCGUACUGCCAUGCAGGCUUGGAGCCCUUCUCAACAUCAUCCCAUUUACUUGGCUGCAGGUACCUCUGCUCAGCAGUUGGAUGCCACUUUCAGUACCAAUGCUUCCCUAGAAAUAUUUGAACUUGAUUUGACAGACCCAGCACUGGAUUUGAAGUCCUGUGCCACUUUCUCUUCCCCUCAUAGGUAUCACAAAUUGAUCUGGAGUCCUCACAAAACAGCAUCCGAUGAGACGCUUUCCGGAGUUCUUAUUGCUGGUGGUGAAAAUGGGAAUAUAAUUUUGUAUGAUCCAGCUAAAAUAUUAGCUGGUGAAACCGAAGUCAUGAUUGCUCAGAAUGACAAGCAUACGGGGCCUGUAAGAUCUCUGGAUGUUAAUCUAUUCCAGACAAAUCUAGUAGCUUCUGGUGCAAAUGAGUCAGAGAUCUACAUCUGGGAUUUAAAUAACUUUGCAACGCCGAUGACACCAGGAAGCAAGACACAGCCUCCUGAAGACAUCAGCUGUAUUGCGUGGAACAGACAAGUCCAACAUAUCUUGGCCUCUGCGAGCCCCAGUGGUCGUGCUACCGUGUGGGAUCUCAGGAAAAACGAACCUAUCAUCAAAGUCAGCGACCACAGCAAUCGGAUGCAUUGCUCAGGGCUGGAAUGGCAUCCUGAGGUGGCUACGCAAAUGGUUCUGGCAUCAGAAGAUGACCGGCUACCCGUAAUCCAGAUAUGGGACCUGAGAUUUGCAUCUUCUCCUCUUCGCGUUCUUGAAAACCAUGCAAGAGGUAUUUUGACAAUUGCUUGGAGCAUGGCAGAUCCUGAACUACUGCUGAGCUGUGGCAAAGAUUCUAAAAUCCUUUGUUCCAAUCCAAACACAGGAGAGGUGUUGUAUGAGCUUCCUACCUCUACCCAGUGGUGCUUCGAUGUGCAGUGGUGUCCCAGGAAUCCUGCCCUUCUCUCUGCUGCUUCUUUCGAUGGGAAAAUCAGUGUUUACUCGAUCAUGGGAGGAAGCACCGAUAGCCUGCGACAAAAACAAGCGGACAAGCUCUCCUCGUCUUUUGGCGAUCUGGAUCCCUUCGGAACAGGGCAUCCCCUUCCUCCAUUGCACCUCCCACAACAGACCACCCUGCAGAGCACUGUUCUUCCUCUGAAGAAGCCACCCAAGUGGAUUCGUCGACCGGUGGGAGCCUCUUUUUCCUUUGGAGGGAGGCUGGUCACUUUUGAGAAUAACAAGACUCAACAGCAAGGAGAACAUCCCCAACAGCCCUACCACGUCUACGUUAGUCAAGUUGUCACCGAGAUGGAAUUCUUGAACCGGUCCAACCAGCUGCAGGAAGCGGUUCAGGCCGAAGCCUUCUCCAGCUACUGUCAGAAGAAAAUCGAUGUAGCCAAAAAUGACUUCGAGAGGAACGUGUGGUCAUUCCUCAAGGUGCAUUUUGAGGAAGACUCCCGUGGCAAAUAUCUGGAACUCUUGGGGUACAAAAAAGAUGGCCUGGGACAGAAGAUUACUUCAACUCUUGCUAAGGAGAGUCCUCAGGGCAGAGAUCAAGAUGAGGCUCACGAGGAAGCUGACAUGCUUGCACAGCCUGAUGGUGGAGAGGGUCUUGCCGCUAAGGACCAGCUGUUUGCAGAGAGUAAAAACACUGAGUUUGAUUCACUGCAACCCAUCAAUGAAACCUUUAACAUUUCUGUCACCGGAGACAUUGAUGGUUUGAUCACUCAGGCUUUGCUGACGGGGAACUUUGAAAGUGCCGUUGACCUUUGCCUGCACGACAAUCGCAUGGCUGACGCCAUUAUCCUUGCCAUAGCUGGUGGCCAAGAACUGUUGUCCAAGACGCAGAAGAAGUAUUUUGCGAAAACAAGAGGCAAAAUCACCAGGCUCAUCACUGCUGUUGUGACCAAGAACUGGAAGGAGAUUGUCCAGUCAUGUGAUUUGCAAAACUGGAAAGAGGCCUUGGCAGCUGUGCUGACUUACGCUAGGCUGGAUGAAUUUGCAGUUCUUUGUGAUUUGUUGGGCUCGAGACUUGAAAACGAAGGGGACAGCGUUUUGCAAACGCAGGCUUGCCUGUGCUUCAUUUGUGCCGGAAAUGUGGAGAAGUUAGUUUCCUGUUGGACUAAAGCCCAGGAUGGAAACAAUCCACUGUCUCUUCAGGAUCUCAUUGAAAAAGUGGUCAUUCUGCGUAAAGCUGUCCAACAGACCCAGGUGAUGGAUGCCAAUGCUGUCGGGGUCCUUCUGGCGGAAAAGAUGAGCCAGUAUGCCAACCUUUUGGCUUCUCAAGGCAGCAUCGCUGCAGCGUUAGCUUUCCUUCCGGCUAAUACCAACCAGCCCAACAUCGUGGUGCUACGGGACAGGAUCUGCAAAGCGCAGGGGGAGCUUCCCAGGGGCUCAGAGGCACCCCCAGCACCCUACGAGAGGCAACCAGCAGCCAAGGGGAGGAGUGGCCCUGCUGCUGGUCAGAUGCCGCAAAACCCAACUCCGCAGUAUUAUCAGCAGGUUAGAAUUGCCCCUACUGUUACUACCUGGAGUAACAAAAACCCCACUGCCCUUCCCAGCUUUCCUGCAGCCUCUCCCUCUGAGACACAGAGAGAGAACCCACCACCUCCUCCAGGGUUUAUUAUGCAAAAGGACAUGAACCCCCACAUGCCACCGCAUCAGCCUGCCCACUCCGAUUACAAUAUGUACACAAGACAACCAUGCCCACAACCUUGUCAGCCAUCCCAACCGUAUUCUUUUCGACCGUCACACUAUCAGCCGCAACAGCCUCCUCUUGCUCCUCCUACUUCGACCGCUUACCCUACCUCUAACCCCCCUUACAUGCCCUCUAACCCUGCCGGUGCCAUGCCUCCCCCCUUAUACUCCUCCCAGCCGCAGGCCUCUCCAACCAGCUUGAAUCCAAGCCCUUCUCUUCCUCCUCCCCCUGCCUCCUUCCAGCAUGGCCGGCCAGGAGCUCCACCGUCUUCUCUGCCGUCGUAUGCGUUGCCUCCUGGACCAACAGGUACAGAGACUGCGACCAGUGAGUUGGCUGCUUCCCAAAGAACAGAAUAUCAUUAUUUACAAGACCAAGACAGUUUCCUGGAAGGUCCCCAGAAUGGCUGGAACGACCCGCCUGCUCUGAGCAGAGCUGGAAAGAAGAAAAAGGUGCCUGAUACCUUCCUGCCUCCUGUUCCCAUCACGGCCCCCAUCAUGACUCCUUUGUCAGACCCACAAGCUCAGCUGCAGCAGCCUCCCACUUCGGCCCCGCCUCUGACUCAGGUCCCCUUCCAGCCCUCCCAUCUGCCUCCGGGCCAGCCAGGGUUACAGAACCCCUUCCAGAACGUUGCACCGCCAGGGGUCCAGACAAUCAUGACUCCCACCGUAUCGGCAUCUAGCAUGGAAGGAGCACCAGGAGCUCCAAUAGGAAACACAAUGCAGCACAUGCAAUCCCUGCCCACGGAGAAGAUCACAAAAAAGCCCAUUCCCGAGGAACAUCUUAUCCUAAAGUCCACUUUUGAAGCUUUGAUCCAGAGAUGUCUCUCUUCAGCUACAGAUCCGCAAACCAAGAGGAAAUUAGACGAUGCCAACAAACGCCUGGAGUUACUGUAUGAUAAGCUUAGAGAUCAGACGCUCUCUCCAAUGAUAAUCAAUGGUUUGCACAACAUUGCCAGGAGCAUUGAAACCCGGAACUACACCGAGGGGCUGAACAUCCACACCCACAUCGUCAGCACAAGCAACUUCAGCGAAAUAUCAGCGUUCAUGCCGGUGCUGAAAGUCGUCCUCACUCAAGCCAACAAGCUUGGCGUCUAAAGCGGGCUUGGGUGGAAAGUCCUGGAGCUGUGGAAGGGUGCAUGACGUGUUCCACAUUCUGUCCCUUAGAGCAUGAUGUGGUAGAGAGAGCAGGUCACGGCUGUAUCCCUGCCAGAGGAGCUUCAUUUUAGAAGGGCUCAUGAGCCCUGGUGCUUAUUCUUUUCUCUCUUCUUUUAUUACUCCUACCUACAGAUACUGUAUUUAAUUAUGCCACCCCCUCCAUAUCGUCCAUUUUAAAUGCAUGGUCUCUGCUGCUUUGAAAGUGGCUUUUAAAUACUGAAAGAGAGAGGAUGAGGCAGCCGUCGUCAGAAAAAAAAUAUUCCUUCCACAAGUCUCAUUAUCAGCCUAUUAAAAGUUCCAGAUUCUA